CACAUGGAUAUUGUAAGUAAAACAAAGGUUCACAUCACACGAAUGGCAGACAAUGGUGGCGGUCAGAGCGGUUCUAGCUUUGAAUUGGUGCACAUGUCAAGAUGCGGACACUUUUCUUGUGUUUGGUGACUAGUUGCUUUAUUAUAUUAACAACAUCUGAAUCUACAGAGGAUGACGUCACAUCAUACACCGGUGUUUACAACCAAUACGCUCCUUCCACCGUCAACUUCCAAGAUAUAUAUACGAACACUUUGCUAGCAGAGAGAGAGAGAGAGAACGAAGAUUUAAACCUAAACAUUCCUACACAAUACGUGGAGUUCCACCCGAGCGUGUUAAAAAUAUCGCCGUUAACCCCACCCACCAACACAAUCCUGACUUCUUCCUACUUAAAGAAAAGCGAAGAGGGAAAAGACGCGUCUGUUUCUACAACAACUGACGAACCAGAACCGGGUAGAGUAAUUCCAAUGAGGCACCAGCAUAAGGGUGUUUUAGAUGUGCUUUUCCCAGCGGCUAGAGUGAGAACAUUUAAAAACAUCUUUGAUACAUUCAGGCGGGUGUUAUCGUAUACAUUUUGAAUGAUUUUGAAGAUAUGGCGUGAUCAUGGUAUUUGGGUUGUAAAUAAAUUGUUUAUUUAAAA